AGUCUACACUACUACUUGUAUUUUAAAAAAAAAAUAAACAGAGAGAGAGGAAAGAAAAACUCUGAUCUAGGGUUUGAGUGAAGGGUUUUUUUUUUUCUUGUCUCUGUGUUUUUGGAACUGUGUUUAGUGUAAAAAUGGAGAAAAAUCUGGUGGGUUAUAGAUUUUGUCCAACGGGAGAGGAACUGAUAAACCAUUACCUGAAGAACAAAAUUCUGGGUAAGUCAUGGCUCGUCGACGAUGCGAUUAGCGAGAUCAACAUCUGUAGUUACGAACCAAUUUGUUUGCCUUCUUUAUCGAAGAUCGAAUCGGAGGAUCCUGUAUGGUACUUCUUCUCCCCGAAAGAGUACACUUCCGCGAAGAAGAAUGCGACGAAGAGGACUACACGUUUUGGGUUUUGGAAAUCUACUGGUAAAGAUCGGAAAAUCAAGGAUAAGAGAGGAGAGAUCAUCGGGAACAAGAAGACGCUUGUCUACCAUGAAGGUAGGUCUCCAAAUGGAGUUGGGACUCGUUGGGUUAUACACGAGUAUGAAAUCACUUGCUUGCCUCUUCAACAGAGGAAGUACGUUAUCUGCAAAGUAAUGUAUAAUGGUGAAGAAGGAGGAGACAUUUUCUUUGGUAAUAACACGAAUGAGACAACAAGCUACUCUCUGGUCUCUGAUCCGAAAGCUGUCGGAUCGAUUAACACAGUGCCUGAGGUUAUGCAGGCAGGUCAAGAAGAUGUUUUGUAUGUGAAUGAUUUAUCAAUCUCGAUGAACGAACAAGAGCAUCUUGGAUUUAAUCCAGACACGUUUUUCAGCGACUACAACCCUACCUUGCAGCCACAAGCUCCUGAUUACGAUGAUCAGUAUAUUACUAGAUUGCUGGAUUUUAACGGAGGCGAUUUCGAAGGUGUGAUUUCCGAUCAAGAAUUGAUAAUGAUGACGAACAACAACGAUCACAGGCCAAGAAAACCUUUGUCAGGGAUCAUUGUUGAUUAUAGCAGUGAGAGCGAUGCUGAAUCGAUAUCUGCAACGAGUUACCAAGGAACAACAAGUCCAGGUGAUAGCGUUGGUAGUUCGAAUAAACACUUCCCAAGUUGCUCAAGCUCAGACUCUUGCAAAGAUCUACAAACUUGUGUAGAUCCUUCAAUCAGUAAGAAGAUCAAGAAAUCUCAAGUCACCGUACCAUUAAAACAAGAGGUGAAAGAAGGUAAGUCUAAAGCCGUCGAUGCAAGCAUAGACAAGAAGACAGAGAAGAAGUGCUGGUUUAUUGUAGAGGAAGCAAUGCAGAGAAAAGGCAAGAAGACUCCACGGUUUAUCUAUCUAGUGAACAUGAUCCUAGGCUUCAUCCUCUUGGUGGCUCUCAUUGGCACAUCAUGUCGGUUUUUUACUAACCGUCAAAACCUGAACCCGGUGAUGAAGUUUUGAUCGCAAAGGAAAGGCAAAAGCAGAUCGAUCGAAGCACUCGUUUUUAAUUGGCUUUUUUUCUAAUUCUGUUUUCUGUGUGUGAUAAGGUAUGUGUAACAAUAGAUGAAACUCGUAUUGUUCUCAACCUGUAUAUCUUUACAGGUCUUUCUUGUGCCUAAAGUUAAAAUGAAAUUUUGGGUUUGUAAUCUCCUCAAUUCAGUGUAAGAGAGCUGCAGAAUAAUCUAAACAGGGGUAAGAUUAAGCAA